GCAAUACUGUUAUCACAGGCAGUUGUGGUACUAAACCAUCGAAAUCACGAACUGAUGUAAGUAAGAAGGUGGAAAGGUAUGGUGGAUUUUUUUUACCUAAUCCCGUCAACUGGGGAUUGCUCUUCCCACUUAAGCAAUAAUAUGAACUCUAAGAAGUUAAGCGACAUUUGCAUGAAACGGGCCAGUAAAACUGAGCAAUCAGAUACCUAGCGUGCCCGGUGGAAGUUUUCAGAUAAGUUUGUUGGCCCCCUUCCUUAGGUAACUUAUUUCUUGUUUCCAGAUCUACUAGACCAUGUUAUGGGGACAAUGCCAUUGGCUACAUUCAAUUAAAGAGAGAAAAGGGAAUCUGCACCAUCCUCGCAGAAAUUACACCAGAACACAAUGUAAGGAAGGAAACUUAUUCCAUUCAUUGUGAAAUUGAUGAAAAUCCCGACAAUCCGAAGAUUUUAAAGGCGACAUGCACUGAUUGCGCUGCUGCUAAAGGAGGAUGCAAACAUAGUGUCGCUUUUGUGACAUGGCUCCAUCGGAGAAGUGAAGAGCCCUCCGUGACUUCAAAAACUUGCUAUUGGAAAAAGUCCUUCCUCUCCACUGUGGGAGGAAGUAAGAAAUUUAAAGAGGCAAAGGAGCUGGCUGUGCCCCCGGAGUAUAAAAGUUCCGAGGAAGAGAGGAGGAGUUUUCUGAAAGAUAUCUCAGUGGAUCUAGCUUUAAAAGAAGAUGUCAUGUUAUCCAGGCAGUUGGACAGGAAACAUGGCCUAGGGGUGGCCCAGCUAAUCCUUGAUUUUAAAGAUUUAGAUAUUGCACAAGGUUCUCAGAAUUUCAUGGAUUUCAUGAGCACACAGAUGGACCCUGCAGCUUGUAAAAUGAUUGAAAAAUUGACUACCGCUCAAAGUCGUUCGGCUUUGUGGUUUACCAUGAAGUAUGGGAGAGUGACAGCUUCGAAACUCCAUGAAGCAGCUCACUGCCAAACAGGUGACGGCUCUUACGUCAAAUCCGUCUUUGGAGCUAAGCCAUUUAAGGGCAAUGCAGCGACGAAACGAGGCUCUGAUCUAGAGGCUGAUGUCAAAAGGAGAAUCAGACAGCUUCUGGGCAUCAGAAUCUACAAUACAGGCAUCGUUUUGAGCAGCAAAUACCCGAUUUUUGGUGCCUCUCCAGAUGGACUGACCAAGACUCAUGUCAUCGAAAUUAAGUGCCCAACUUCGGAGGCAGCGUUCAAUACUUAUUUUAAAGAGAACAACCAACCAUCGGACAAACACAAAGCGCAGAUGCAUCUGCAGAUGCUUCUCACGGGUAGAAAAAAAGGCUAUUUCUGUGUUGCCUCGCCCAAGUUUGAGAGUAAUAAAUAUGUAAAAAUCGUUGAAGUUGAUUUUGAUGAACAAUAUUGUAAUACAUUAAUAGAGGCUGCAACUAAAUUUUGGAUAGAACACAUCUUUCCUCGUCUAUACAGACAGAAAAUGUGAUUGUGAUUGAAAAUGGAAAUGUGAAUUGUGAC